AUGAGAGAGAACUGUCACGUCUUCACCGCCCAGCACUCUUCUUCUCCAGAAAACAACGGAGCAGCAGUCGUCAAGGUUAUCCGCUUGCCCUCUGGCCCAGUUAAACAGGGCGAAUCGGGCAAGGAAGCUCAAAAAAUCUAUAUUUUGGGUAAAGUAUGGGUGCAGGAGGUUAGAAACCAUUUAAGGCUGUCGGAACACGGCAAGUCGAUUGCUCCAGGCUGCAGGCUCGGGUGGAUAACGGCCAGCCCGAGCGUGUGCCAGCACCUAUUCUCUAUUGUUGACGACACAACGCAGCAGCCGUCGGAUUUCGUGCAAGUUGUGAUUGCGCGGCUGCUAUCCGAGCCCGACGGGGACGACGCCAACGGUAGUAGCAGCAGGACCUCCUGGGGCUUUCAAGGCUGGGUUAGUUGGCUCCAGGGUCUACGGUCGGCGUACCGACGUCGCAUGGUCAAGAUGGCAACGGUGCUCGAAAGGGGUAAGCACGUUUCUACAGCGUCGACCACGAACGGCGGCGGCGAGGACAACAAGGUAGCAAUGUUUGAUGUCCGCUGGCCCAUGGGCGGCCUCAGAAGGUAG